UUGAGUACCUUAUCCUCACUACCAUCAUUGCCAACUGCAUCGUACUGGCCCUCGAACAGCAUCUCCCCGCCAUGGACAAGACCCCCAUGUCUGAACGCCUGGACGACACAGAGCCCUACUUUAUCGGAAUAUUCUGUUUCGAGGCCGGCAUUAAGAUCAUCGCCUUGGGCUUUGUGUUUCACAAAGGCUCUUACCUACGCAACGGCUGGAACGUAAUGGACUUUGUGGUUGUUCUGACAGGGAUUUUGACCACAUUGGGUUCCCAGUUUGACUUAAGGACAUUACGGGCCGUCAGAGUGCUGAGACCCCUCAAACUGGUGUCUGGAAUCCCAAGUCUUCAAGUAGUAUUAAAGUCCAUUAUGAAGGCCAUGAUCCCCCUUCUUCAGAUUGGACUGCUGCUCUUCUUUGCCAUUGUUAUGUUUGCCAUCAUCGGUGUCGAGUUCUACAUGGGCAAAUUCCACUUCACCUGCUUUAAAGAGGAUAAAGGAGAAAAAGUUAGUGAUAACCCAUGUGGAACAGACCCUCCCGCAAGAAUAUGUCCCAAUGGAACAGUAUGUGGUCAGUGGACAGGUCCCAACUUCGGCAUCACAAAUUUCGAUAACAUCCUCUUUGCCAUCCUCACAGUCUUCCAGUGCAUCACCAUGGAAGGAUGGACCGAUGUGUUAUACCAUGCCAACGAUGCCUCGGGGAACACCUGGAACUGGCUCUACUUCAUCCCUCUCAUCAUCAUUGGCUCAUUCUUUAUGCUUAACCUCGUCCUGGGAGUCUUAUCAGGGGAGUUUGCCAAAGAAAGAGAGCGAGUGGAGAAGAGGCAGGAAUUCUUGAAGCUUCGCAGACAGCAGCAGAUUGAGAGAGAGCUCACUGGCUACCUGGAAUGGAUAUGCAAAGCAGAGGAGGUGCUGUUGGCGGAAGAGGAUCAGAAAGCUGAGGAGAAAUCCCCUCUGGAUGGUGCGUGGUACAAGAAGAAACAGAACAACUCAGUCCUGAAAAGAACGAAAAGCAGGAAGGGUAGGAAUGACCUCAUCAGUGCUGAAGAGGGAGAGGAACGUUUCACAGACAUCUCCUCUGUUGCGCCACCUGGAUCACCUUUUGCCAGAGCUAGCCUGAAGAGCUCUAAGAACGAUAGCUCCUCGUAUUUUCGGCGAAAAGAAAAGAGGAUACGCUUUUUCAUUCGGCGAAUGGUGAAGGCGCAAAGUUUCUACUGGAUCGUUUUGUGUUUGGUGGGAUUAAACACAAUGUGUGUGGCCAUGGUCCAUUACGACCAGCCAGAGUGGCUCACCAGGGCCCUGUACCUGGCAGAGUUUGUAUUCCUGGGUCUGUUUCUGACAGAGAUGACUCUGAAGAUGUAUGGCCUGGGGCCCAGAAACUACUUUCACUCCUCGUUCAACUGUUUUGACUUUGGGGUAAUUGUGGGGAGUAUAUUUGAGGUGGUGUGGGCAGCGAUCCAGCCUGGUGCAUCUUUUGGGAUCAGUGUUCUGAGAGCCCUGCGCCUGCUCCGUAUUUUUAAAGUAACCAAGUAUUGGAACUCUUUGCGGAAUCUUGUGGUUUCACUGUUAAACUCCAUGAAGUCCAUCAUUAGCUUGCUCUUCCUCCUCUUCCUCUUCAUCGUAGUGUUUGCCCUGCUAGGCAUGCAACUCUUCGGGGGCCAGUUUAACUUUGAAGAUGAAACUCCCACUACAAACUUUGACAGCUUUCCUGCAGCCAUAAUGACGGUCUUCCAGAUUUUGACAGGAGAGGACUGGAAUGCAGUGAUGUAUCAUGGGAUAGAGUCCCAGGGUGGCGUUCGGGGUGGAAUGUUCUCCUCUGUCUACUUCAUUGUUCUUACACUGUUUGGAAACUACACACUUCUCAAUGUAUUCUUGGCCAUCGCUGUGGAUAACCUUGCCAAUGCACAGGAGCUGACAAAGGAUGAAGAGGAACAAGAGGAGGCAGCGAAGAAGAGCAUCGCUCUUCAGAAGGCCAUGGAGGUGAAGGAGGUCAGCCCCAUGUCUGCUGCCAACAUCUCUAUAGCAGCUUUUGUAAAGCAAAAUCGAGAUGCAAUCUCUCGCAGGUCUUCAGUCUGCAGCGUUCACUCACCGGGCAGACCAACAGGUACAGACAGCUUAGCAACCAGCCCUCUCCAGUCUCCUACUGAACAGAAGCCAGAAGAAAAAGAUAAUCUAAAGAACAGCACCAGAGUGGGCCCAACCGGAGUCAACAUUCCUGUCACCAUAACUGCCCCACCAGGAGAGACUGCAGUCAUUCCCAUGAACAACACUGAUGGUGACAGUCUACUGCUGAAUGAGGAAAAGAAGGAUCUUGAUGAGCUUAAUCAGAAUGCACCCAAACACAUUCUGCCAUACAGCUCCAUGUUUGUGUUUGGUCCAACUAACCCAGUGAGACGGUUGUGUCAUUAUGUGGUGAACCUACGGUACUUUGAGAUGUGUAUCCUCACAGUCAUCACCAUGAGCAGCAUCGCCCUCGCUGCUGAAGACCCUGUGCAGGCCAAUGCCCCGCGCAAUGAUGUGCUGAAAUACCUAGAUUACGUCUUCACUGGUGUGUUCACAUUUGAGAUGGUUAUAAAGAUGAUUGAUCUUGGGUUGCUGUUGCAUCCUGGUUCUUACUUCAGGGAUCCGUGGAACAUACUGGACUUCAUUGUAGUCACCGGUGCUCUGGUGGCCUUCGCCUGCUCAGGAACUAAAGGCAAGGACAUCAACACUAUCAAGUCCCUAAGGGUCCUUCGAGUCCUCAGACCUUUGAAGACCAUUAAACGUUUGCCUAAACUGAAGUCCGUGUUUGACUGCGUGGUGAACUCUCUGAAGAACGUGCUCAACAUCCUCAUCGUUUACGUCCUCUUCAUGUUCAUCUUUGCGGUUAUUGCUGUGCAGCUCUUCAAGGGGAAGUUCUUUCACUGCACCGAUGAGUCCAAAGCCCUGGAGAAGGACUGCAGGGGUCAGUUCCUGGAGUACGGCAGUGAUGGAGUGGCCAUGACACAGCCACGCGAGUGGAAAAAAUAUGAUUUCCAUUAUGAUAACGUCUUGUGGGCCUUUCUGACCCUGUUCACUGUCUCCACAGGAGAGGGCUGGCCAACAGUGCUGAAACACUCUGUUGAUGCCACAUAUGAAGACCAGGGUCCCAGUCCGGGUUACCGCAUGGAAACCUCCAUCUUCUAUGUGGUCUACUUCAUCGUAUUCCCUUUCUUCUUUGUCAACAUCUUUGUGGCUUUGAUCAUCAUCACAUUCCAGGAGCAGGGAGAUAAAGCCAUGUCAGAUUGCAGCUUGGAAAAGAACGAGCGAGCUUGUAUCGACUUUGCCAUCAACGCCAAACCUCUGACUCGCUACAUGCCGCAAGACAAGCAGUCUUACCAGUACAAGAUAUGGAAGUUUGUGGUGUCCACUCCAUUUGAGUACUCCAUCCUGAGCAUGAUUGCCAUCAACACAGUGGUUCUCAUGAUGAAGUUCCAUAAUGCUCCUACACCUUAUGAGGACAUGUUGAAGUGGCUGAACAUCAUCUUCACAGCUCUCUUCACGCUGGAGUGCAUUCUCAAGGUCAUCGCCUUCGGCCCACUGAACUACCUAAAGGAGGCAUGGAAUAUGUUUGAUUUUAUUACUGUCCUGGGGAGCAUCACUGACAUCCUGGUUACUGAGAUGAAGGAUAAGAGGAUUAAUCUGAGUUUCCUGAGACUCUUCCGGGCCGCUCGUCUCAUUAAACUCCUCCGGCAGGGCUACACCAUUCGCAUACUGCUCUGGACCUUCGUUCAGUCCUUUAAGGCUCUGCCGUAUGUGUGUCUCCUCAUUGCUAUGCUCUUCUUCAUAUACGCCAUCAUCGGGAUGCAGGUGUUUGGUAACAUCAUGCUGUCCGAGGAGUCGGCAAUCAACAUUCACAAUAACUUCCAAACUUUUUUUCAGGCGCUCAUGUUGUUGUUCAGGAGUGCUACAGGAGAGGCUUGGCAUGAAAUUAUGCUGUCUUGUCUGAGCGACAGGCCAUGUGACCAUGACUCUGGCACUACUGGAAAAGAGUGCGGCAGUGAUUUCGCUUACUUCUACUUUGUCUCUUUCAUCUUCCUUUGUUCCUUCCUGAUGCUGAAUCUGUUCGUCGCCGUCAUCAUGGAUAACUUUGAGUACCUGACACGUGACGCUUCUAUUCUCGGGCCUCAUCACCUCGACGAGUUCAUCCGUGUCUGGGCUGAGUACGACCCUGCCGCCUGUGGACGCAUAUCCUACCUCGAUAUGUACGAGAUGUUUCGCCACAUGUCCCCUCCGCUAGGUUUGGGAAAGAAAUGUCCUCCACGAAUCGCCUAUAAGCGGUUGGUGAGGAUGAACAUGCCUAUAGCUGAAGACAGUACGGUUCAUUUUACCUCCACUUUAAUGGCUCUCAUCCGGACCGCCCUGGAGAUUAAACUGGCAUCAGGAGUUCUGGCUCAGCGGCUAUGUGAUGCUGAAUUAAGGAGGGAAAUAAAUAAAAUUUGGAGUAACUUGUCUUCGAAAACAGUAGACCUGCUGGUGACACCUCAUAAACAUAAUGAACUGACUGUAGGGAAGGUCUAUGCUGCUCUGAUGAUUUUCGACUACUAUAAGCAGAACCGAGCCAAAAGACUCCAACAGCAGCAGGCUGCGCCAGGCACACAGAGUAAAGCUGGAAUUCUCUUCAGACCAAUGCUUCCUCUCACACACUUGCACAAUCAGGAGCCACUAGUUUUGAAAGCCCCGCCCUCUUCUCAAUCAGAUACAACACCACAGCCAGAUGCCCCGCCCACAUCCUUUUACCUGACUAAUGGGGAUGCAGUACAAAACCAGAGCAGUGCCAUGAAAAAGUCUCCAUCGGGAGGUAUACCUCAGGAAUUUGCACAGGAAGUGAACAGAAGAUCUAUCCAACGGGGCCAAUCGGAAGAUGUGACAAACACAUACAGAUCUCAGGAAUUAGUUGAGAUGACACACAUGGAGAAUGACUCUGAUGUGGGUGGGUAUCCUGUGCUGGAGGGUCACGGCAGAGCUGCCUCCAUGCCCAGACUCAAUGCUGGCUUUCAGCGGAGCCACUUACGCCACACCGCCGGAACGUAUCUAGCACCUAUCGCUGACGUGAGUCCCAUGCGGCGGUCUACGUCCUCGUUGACUCCUCAGAGAGGGGUGCAAGAGGUUAAUCUGAGCGAUUAUGACCUGGAGAGGCCCAAGAUGGCCUUGGACCAGACCCUCGCUCAGGAGAGAGAGAGGGAGCAAGCUCAUCAUCAUCAUCACCAUCAUCAUCACCGCUGCCAGCGGCGCAAAGACAAGAAGCACAAAUCGCUGGAUCGAGCCAUCAGCGAGGAGCAGCCACCACCUGCAGCAGAUCCAAACACUGAGUCGCUGCCUAGGGAACGAGCACGGCAGCGAGAUCGCGGCCGCUCCCCUGAGAGGAAGCACCAUUCAUCCUCAGCGGUGGAAAGGAAGCAGCGAUACUACUCUUGUGAUCGCUACGGCAGCCAUGAACAAGGCCACAGCGUGUCCGCCGGGCCCAGCAGAUCCACAUCGCCAGGAGAACCCCGUGACCCAAACAAGCUUAAGCAGGGAAUUAAUACAGCUAAAGGAAGUUCAUUAGCUCAUACCUCAGGCACGAGCACACCCUGCCGUGGGCGUAGACAGCUCCCUCAGACGCCCCUUACGCCUCGGCCUGCUGUUGCCUACAAGACUGCCAACUCCUCUCCGGUUCAGCUCAACACUGCCCAGUCUACAGGGCCCUGCCCCACUCGCCUUAGUCGUGGCCUGUCAGAGCAUGAUGCCCUACUCAGCAGUAGCACCCACCGACAAUUUCCUGUGCCUGUCACUCGUAUCGGCUCUGACCCCAACUUGGGUCCCCUCCAGCAAGACUCAAACUUGUCUGAAGCGGACGACUUCCACGAUGCCUUGAGCACGUACGGUACGGGCCGCUCCCCCAGGACUGCAGCCUCCAUCGCCCACACAUCAUUAGGUGCGGCUCCCACAUCCACACUGCUCUCGCGCAGCCAGAGCGGAGUCCCUAAUGGGUAUCACUACUCCCUCGGAGUGAACACGGCACCUAGUUCAACCUGCAGAGCACCUGGAAGCUAUCAAAAAACUGAGAGAGAUGAUUGGUGUUAGCAUGAUUCGAUCUAGCAUGAAUUUUAUCAUCUUUGCCCAGGAGGAAGGAGGAGGAAGCCUUGUUUUGGAGGAGAGCAAGAGUUAUGUCUGCAGUUUACACUAUUACAACUGUUUACCAUCAGCUUGAGCCUAUAUGGUUUUAUAAAGGUGUUCUUCUCUUGUUUAAAAAGUAGAGACGUCCUUGUCACUGUUACGAAAGUUGCGGCAAGAUGAAAAGCGCUUGGAGGUCUCGAUAGGUUUCAAACUGAAUAGUUAAGACUCAAGUGACGCUCCCCACCUCUUUUAAUUUCAUUAGGACUAAUUCCACAAGGGUCACAUGCAGGGAGAUGAUCACAUCAGCUGUGCCUGUGAUCAAGACCUCAGAGAGGAAGACGACCAAAAACACAAGCUAUGGUGAAAAAAGUUGUGUGGAAAAAGUAAGACAUUUUAGGUGUUGGGAUUUGAGAGGUUCUUUAGACUCUUUCCACAGGACACAUUGACUGAAAAGUUAUUUCUAGGGAUUUUGGCAGUGUGUCCACCAAAAAGUUUUUUUUUCUUUUUGUUCCUAAAGCCAGCGUAUAUUUUCAAUUGUUUACAAUAGGAGCAGCAAGUACUAGCGUAACGUGGCAACAAGCAUCUGUUCCUUGCUUAAUUUUUUUCUGGUCGUUGAGAGUUGAACAGUGAUCAUCUUUGGAUAAAAUGUUGCACUCGUCACUGCCAAUUUUUAUCUAAACAUCCAUUUGCAUUGGAGGAGGGGUGGGACAAAUACCAUACUGAUCAACCAUCACAUUCUACUUGUGCAAUGAUUGAAUAAUCAUCGUCUGACACCUUCAGAUGUCAAAAUUAAUGUAAAAAAACAAACAAAAAAACACUUGAAAUUUUGUUCGUCAUGUGUCUGCCAGGUAAACAGCUAAAUGCUGUGCCUCCAAAUCGCUCUUAAAGGGUAAGUUCACCCAA